AUGGCGCUCCCCACGACACAGCUCGCUAUCUUCUCCCUCCUGCAAGUCGCCCUAGCCCUGAAUCCCGAGGACCCCAACGUGUGCAGCCACUGGGAGAGCUACGCCGUGACUGUCCAGGAAUCGUACGCACACCCCUUCGAUCAGAUCUACUACACACGGUGCACGGACAUCCUCAACUGGUUCAAGUGCACCAGGCACCGGAUCAGCUAUAAGACAGCGUAUCGGCGAGGCCUCCGGACCAUGUACCGCCGGAGGUCCCAGUGCUGCCCUGGCUACUACGAGAAUGGAGACUUCUGCAUACCCCUGUGUACGGAGGAGUGUGUGCACGGCCGCUGCGUCUCCCCGGACACCUGCCACUGCGAGCCUGGCUGGGGAGGGCCCGACUGCUCCAGCGGCUGCGACAGCGACCACUGGGGCCCCCACUGCAGCAACCCGUGCCAGUGCCAGAACGGCGCCCUGUGCAACCCCAUCACCGGCGCCUGCGUGUGCGCCGCCGGCUUCCGUGGGUGGCGCUGCGAGGAGCUCUGUGCGCCCGGCACCCAUGGCAAGGGCUGCCAGCUGCCGUGCCAGUGCCGCCACGGCCAUGCGGGACAGCGAGAGGGCUGCGAGGAGCUGUGCCCUCCUGGGAGCCACGGAGCUCACUGUGAGCUGCGCUGUCCCUGCCAGAAUGGGGGCACCUGCCACCACAUCACUGGCGAGUGUGCCUGCCCCCCAGGCUGGAUGGGAGCAGUGUGUGCCCAGCCUUGCCCACCAGGGACGUUUGGCCAGAACUGCAGCCAGGACUGUCCUUGCCACCAUGGAGGGCAGUGUGAUCACGUGACUGGCCAGUGCCACUGUACAGCUGGAUACAUGGGGGACAGGUGCCAGGAGGAGUGCCCCUUCGGGACCUUCGGCUUCCAGUGCUCCCAGCGCUGUGACUGCCACAACGGGGGCCAGUGCUCGCCCACCACGGGCGCCUGCGAGUGUGAGCCUGGCUACAAGGGCCCACGCUGCCAAGAGCGGCUGUGCCCCGAGGGCCUGCACGGCCCGGGCUGCACCCUGCCCUGCCCCUGUGAUGCCGACAACACCAUCAGCUGCCACCCAGUCACCGGAGCUUGCACCUGCCAGCCGGGCUGGUCUGGCCACCACUGCAACGAAUCCUGCCCUGCUGGCUACUACGGCGAUGGCUGCCAGCUGCCCUGCUCCUGUCAGAACGGCGCCGACUGCCACAGCAUCACCGGGGGCUGCACUUGUGCCCCAGGCUUCAUGGGAGAGGUCUGUGCAGUUCCCUGUGCAGCAGGAACCUACGGCCCCAACUGCUCGUCCGUCUGUAGCUGUGACAACGGUGGCACUUGCUCCCCAGUGGAUGGGUCCUGCUCCUGCAAGGAAGGGUGGCAGGGCCUGGACUGCACUCUGCCCUGCCCAAGCGGGACGUGGGGCCUGAACUGCAACGAGAGCUGCACCUGCGCCAACGGGGCGGCCUGCAGCCCCACGGACGGCUCCUGCUCCUGCACCCCCGGCUGGCUGGGAGACACCUGCGAACUGCCCUGCCCGGAUGGCACAUUCGGGCCGAACUGCACCGAACGCUGUGACUGCAGCCACGCGGAUGGCUGUGAUCCCGUCACAGGCCACUGCUGCUGCCUGGCCGGAUGGACAGUCUGCCCCCCUGGGCUCUAUGGCCACGGCUGCGCCCAGCCAUGCCCCCUCUGCGUGCACAGCAGUGGGCCCUGCCACCACGUCAGUGGCAUCUGUGAGUGCCUCCCAGGAUUCUCCGGCGCCCUCUGCAACCAAGUGUGUGCUGGAGGACACUUCGGGCAGGACUGUGCCCAGCUCUGCUCCUGUGCCAACAAUGGGACCUGCAGCCCCAUCGAUGGCUCCUGCCAGUGCCUCCCCGGAUGGAUCGGCAAGGACUGCUCACAGGCUUGCCCCCCCGGGUUCUGGGGCCCCGCCUGCUUCCACACAUGCAGCUGCCACAACGGGGCGAGCUGCAGCGCCGAGGACGGGGCCUGCCACUGCACCCCUGGCUGGACCGGACUCUUCUGCACACAGCGCUGCCCAGCAGCGUUUUUUGGGAAGGACUGUGGACGCGUGUGCCAGUGUCAGAAUGGCGCCAGCUGCGACCACAUCGGUGGCAAGUGCACCUGCCGCAUAGGCUUCACCGGGCAGCACUGUGAACAGAGAUGCGCCCCAGGAACCUUUGGCUACGGGUGUCAGCAGCUAUGUGAGUGCAUGAACAACUCUACCUGUGACCACGUCACUGGCACCUGUUAUUGCAGUCCUGGAUUCAAAGGAAUCAGGUGUGACCAAGCCGCCCUCAUGAUGGAGGAGCUGAAUCCCUACACCAAGAUCAGCCCAGCACUGGGUGCAGAGCGGCACUCGGUGGGUGCUGUCACGGGCAUCAUCCUCCUGUUGUUCCUCAUUGUGGUACUGCUGGGCCUGUUUGCCUGGCGACGGCGGAGGCAGAAAGAGAAGGGCCGCGACCUGGCUCCCCGCGUCUCCUACACACCUGCCAUGAGGAUGAGCAGCACAGACUACUCCCUCUCCGGUGCUUGUGGAAUGGGUAGACGUCAGAACACAUACAUUAUGGACAAAGGCUUCAAAGAUUACAUGAAAGAAUCCGUGUGCAGUUCUAGUACUUGUUCCUUGAAUAGCAGUGAAAACCCUUACGCCACAAUUAAGGACCCACCCAUCCUCACCUGCAAGCUUCCAGAGAGCAGCUAUGUAGAAAUGAAGUCGCCUGUGCACAGGGGGUCUCCGUACACAGAUGUGCCAUCCUUGUCGACAUCCAAUAAAAAUAUAUAUGAAGUUGAGCCCACAGUCAGCGUGGUCCAAGAAGGCCGCGGUCAUAACUCCAGCUAUAUCCAGAAUCCAUACGACCUACCUAGGAACAGCCAUAUUCCUGGUCAUUAUGACCUCCUCCCAGUAAGACAGAGCCCUGCCAAUGGGCCCUCCCAGGACAAGCAGUCUUAG